GAAUAUUCAUAUUACUCUACCGCACUCGUUCUCUUCCUUAUUAUAUCACAUCAAGCAUUAUGGGUUGGUUCGACGACGACUCUCACCAGGCUCGCUGCUACGGCGAGUUCCAGGACCUCGACCACACCAAUCCAGAGCACCGCGCCAAGUUCUCCCAUGAGCUCAUCGCUGGUGCCGCCUCGUUCGAAGCUAUGAAGGCUUACGAGAACCACUGCGAGCGUGAAGGCAAGCCCCAGAGUCAUGAGACUGCCAAGGAGCUGCUCGCAGGUUUUGCCGGCGCGUUCAUUGACCGCGAAAUCGAGACCAAGGGUUUAGACUUCGUUGACCGUGAGGAGGCGAAGAGACACGCUCGUCGCCAGGUUGAGGAGGCUUCCCGCCAGGAUUACUACUAGAUGUAGUGCACAUGCUUUGACGAUGAGCAUGCUUGUGCGGCACUGUACAUAAUUUCGGCCUGAUCCAAAUUCCGGUCGCGAUUCGUGAAUACAUUAUAUCCUGAU